GGCCCGGGAGCGGGAAUUCCAUCGCUGCCCCACUGCCCGGGGCUCCCCUCGGCCCGUGUGGCUGCUCCGGCCGGGCCGUGCUGCUGGCGGGGUGAGCUGAGGUGAAGGGGCGAUCGGGCUGCAGUGACCUGCCUGACUCCGACCCCUUCCCCGGCGCUCGGGAUCGCAGAUGCUGCUCCUGCCCUCCUUCCCCAGCUGCCGGGUUCCCUCCGGUCUUUCCCCCUUGGCUGUCCCUUGGCCCCUCAGCUGUUCGGGGGGUGGACGCAGCCCCGGGCCCCUCGGUGCCCGCCUGGCCUCAGCCUGAUGCCGUGGCCCUGGAGCAGCGCCGUGCAGCGUGUGCACCUGUGAGAAAAACGCAUCUGCUGCUGCCGAGUUCAGUCUGAAGGGAAAAACUGAGCUUAGGGGAAUGCAGACUGCACACUCUGUGUGUAUCGGUGUCAGCUCAGGGCUGGAAGGAGUUGGAAUACCACUAACAUCAUAAAAACACAGCAGGUACAUCCAUGAGCUCCCACCAUGGUUAAUGAGAGCCAGCAGAGCUGCAGCGGCAGCUCCAGCUCCAGGUCGGAUGGCGGCAGCAGCAGCGGCAGCGAGGGCUCCAAGGACAGCUCGCGCUGCUCCACGCCCGUGCUGGACGCCGAGCGGCACGAGCGGCUGCGGGACAAGAUGCGCCGCCGGCAGGACGCUGGCGACAAGUGGUUCUCCCUCGAGUUCUUCCCUCCACGCACGGCCAAUGCUGCUGUCAAUCUCAUCUCCAGGUUUGACCACAUGGGAGCAGGUGGUCCCCUCUUCAUUGACGUGACGUGGCACCCUGCAGGGGACCCAGGAUCUGACAAGGAGACCUCUUCCAUGAUUAUUGCUUACACUGCAGUGAACUACUGUGGCCUGGAGACCAUCCUGCACAUGACCUGCUGCAACCAGAGCAAGGAUGACAUCACAGGGCACCUGCAGAAGGCCAAGAGGCUCGGGCUGAAGAACAUCAUGGCCCUGCGUGGAGAUCCUGCUGGUGAGGAAUGGGAGGAAGAAGUAGAUGGUUUCAACUAUGCUGUUGAUCUGGUUAAGCACAUUCGCAAUGAAUUUGAUGAUUACUUCGACAUCUGUGUGGCAGGCUACCCCAAGGGUCAUCCUGAAGCAGAGAGCUAUGAGGCAGACCUGAAGCACCUGAAGGAGAAAGUCUAUGCAGGAGCAGAUUUCAUCAUUACACAGCUUUUCUUCCGACCAGAAACCUUUCUCAAGUUCAUGAAGGAUUGUCAAGCCAUUGGCAUUACCUGCCCCAUUAUUCCUGGCAUCUUCCCUAUACAGGGCUACCACUCCCUGCGCCAGCUGGUGAAGCUCUCCAAGCUGGAAGUGCCCCAGGAAAUCAAAGAUGUGAUUGAGCCCAUCAAGGACAACGACGCAGCCAUCAGGAACUACGGGGUGGAGCUGGCAGUGUCCAUGUGCCGGGAGCUGCUGGACAGUGGGAUGGUGCACGGGCUCCACUUCUACACCCUCAACCGCGAGGUGGCCACCACCGAGGUGCUGAAGCGCCUGGGCAUUUGGAACGAGGACCCCAGGCGGCCUCUGCCCUGGGCAGUCAGUGCCCACCCCAAGAGGAGAGUGGAGGAUGUCAGGCCAAUCUUCUGGGCCUCCAGGCCAAAGAGCUACAUCUACAGAACCCAGGAGUGGGAUGACUUCCCCAAUGGCCGAUGGGGUAACUCCUCCUCUCCAGCUUUUGGGGAACUGAAGGACUAUUACCUCUUCUAUCUGAAGAGCAAGUCUCCCCGUGAGGAGCUCCUGAAGAUGUGGGGAGAAGAACUGACUAGUGAGGAAAGUGUCUUUGAGGUGUUCACAUGUUACAUCACUGGAGAGCCCAACAAGAAUGGGUACAAGGUCACAUGUAUGCCUUGGAAUGAUGACCCUCUUGCUACUGAAACCAACCUCCUGAAGGACCAGCUGGAGAAGGUCAACAGACGGGGAAUCCUGACCAUCAACUCCCAGCCAAACAUCAAUGGCAAACCAUCCACAGACCCCAUUGUGGGCUGGGGGCCCAGUGGAGGUUAUGUUUUCCAAAAGGCAUACCUAGAGUUCUUCACCUCCAGUGAAAUUGUCAGGGCACUGCUCAAAGUGCUGAGGAAGUAUGAGUUGAGAGUGAACUACCAUAUUGUCAAUGUCAAGGGUGAGAAUAUCACCAAUGCUCCAGAUCUGCAACCCAAUGCUGUCACCUGGGGCAUCUUCCCAGGCAGGGAGAUCAUCCAGCCCACUGUAGUGGAUCCUGUGAGCUUCCUCUCCUGGAAGGAUGAGGCCUUUGCACUGUGGAUCGAGCAGUGGGCCAAGCUCUAUGAAGAGGAGUCUCCCUCCCGCAUGAUCAUCCAGUACAUCCAUGACAAUUAUUACUUGGUCAACCUGGUGGACAAUGACUUCCCACUAGAAAACUGCCUCUGGCAGGUCGUGGAGGAUACCUUUGAGCUGUUGAACUCUCCAACUCAGCAGUGAAAAUUCUUCUCCUAAUCUCCUACUUCCUCCUCCCAUCCACUGACCUGGGGAAUGCAGCAGCUGCUGUGCUGACAAUGAACACACUCCCACACCGUGAGCAGGGUGGUGCUCCCAUCUACCCUCACUUUGUGCUCCUCUGUCCCCACACCAAGGCUGCCUGAGCCAUUCUCACUGAACACUAGCCAGAACUGCCUGAACCUCUGAGCCCAAAGGCCGGGGUCUGCAGGAUGAAGAGCUGCUAAUCAUGGUUAAGCUAAUUAGAGUAACUGAAGAACACCAGAUUCUGGUAACUUUCCCCUCUGGUAACUUGCCUGUGCCAGAAGUGCUGGCAGGGGAACAGAAACACUCCUGUCAGCUGUACCUGUGCAAGGGGAUUAUAUCAACACUUACCAGCCUGGAAAAGAAGGUCAAAUUGCUUUUAUAUUGCACUCUUAAAAUAUAUUUCACAGUUGAUCAUCAGGCACUUUUGCACUCACUCCAGAAGAAGGUUCAAAUUUUCUUCCUAACUUUUCUCUUUGUAUUGUAUUUCCUGUUUUCUUUUUAAUACAACUAUGGGAAUUUCCAUUUGGAUAAGACUAAGUAGGAAUCAUACUAUUUCCUAGAUUACAUACAAUAAAAUACAUGCAUACAAAUGUCUCUUUUAUUAGGUUGUAUUCUAUAGCAGAGACUCAUGUUGUUUGCUUAUUAAUCACCUGGCAUAGGGGAAAGUUUUAAGAAAAUUCAAUUGUUUCUGGGGCAGUUCUGCCUUCACUUUCAAUGCAUGUCCUGAGUGUGG